GGUCUUGUAGUUUCUAGGUUUACCACGGUUUCACAUCAUCAAAAAAUAUAAGCAUCCAAAUCGAAUCCAUGUCCAUGUUGCUCGCUCUCCUCAUACAGGUCUUCUUGUACCAUUCAAGUUAGAAAUAGGCCCAAUGUGUUUUAGGAUUUUAUAAUUGAAUAACUGUAAAUAGCAUGGCUUCUAAAGGAGGUCCUAUGGUUUUAGGCACUGAUGGGACGGAUUUUGCCCAUAGACAAAGAGUAGCAGCACAAUAUCAAACCAGUGCUCAAAAUAAAUCUCGGUUAAAGUACUGCAUUUUUUUCCAUUACCUCUUGUUUUUUGCGAUGCUGGCCAAAUUAUCGGCUGAUAUUCUUGAUAGAUUGGAUAUUUUUAUACUUGACAUAGAGGAAUUACAAGUACCCAAGCCACUACUGUGGGAGUACAUUUGGUGUAUCAGUUUACUACUGUCUUUCUUGGGACUCGCUGCAGUUCGUAAAAACAGAAUUAAGGCAAUGAAACGCUACAUGAUUGGUAUAGGUCUGUUUGGGUUUGGUCCAAUUUUGUAUGCAGCCGUAUACUAUUUCUCAGAGGCUUGGCAGUACAUCUCUACGGGUGAUAUGGAGGAUCUAACUCUGUGGCAGGGCUACCCAUAUGCUCUUCUCUGGUAUGCAUUCAUCAUUUUGGCUCUACAAGUGCAUUCCUUCUCAUUGUUCUUUGCCAAAAACCUACUUGUUGCUUGGGCAGCAAGAGGUACCAAGAAGGAGCAGUAAGCAAGAGCAACACAAGUGUUCAACCUUUCAUUGAUACUGCUACUUAAAGAAUCCUAAUGGCUUCUUCAUGCAGCAGUAGGACUCUGAAAGAUUUCCCUCGCCAAGUGGGAGGUGCAUGGUUUGCGACUUCUGCAGUAUCAUCAUUAUUUUUAUUUAGUUUUGUAAUUGCAUGUAAACAGAUGCUUAGUUUGCUGCAUAGAAAGUUAAAAUACUGAGUUAUUGUUUCUUCUAGUUUUACCCAUAAAAAAAAUGAAAUUUCCUCUUCAUUAUACAAUAUGUUUAGUAUUUUAUUUCCUCUCCUACCAAACACAAGUUGUAUGGUUCCAUUUGUGUUCUGAGAAAAGUCAUUUUUAUGGCAGAAUUAAUAAGCUGUGCUUAGUGUAGUAUAUGAGAUCAUUUGUAAUGUUUCUAGUGAAUUUUCAGCCAGUAGCAGAGCAGAGUUACAUUAGUAUGCCACAGUGUUCUUUAUGUAGUAGAAUCUGAUUAAAGUAGCCAUAAAGUUAGUUAAUUUUUAUAAUGGUGAAACUUUUUUGUUGAAUAGCAAAUCUUAGUAGUUUUUUAAGUAUAUUCCUGUAAUUCAGAACAAGAAGGUUGGAGUCAUAAUCAUUACUUUGGAAAAUAUUUUAUUUAAAACAUUAUAUAUACAAAAUUAUAUGCAAUAGUUUAUUUUUCAGGAAUGUGUAUGUUUAGGCUAUUCUUUGAAUUUUAACAGUUGGUGCUUUUUUAUUACAACAUUUUCACAAUAAAGUGUAACUUUUCACAAAAAAAUUCUUUUUUAUGGGGAUGAGGUCUUCAAAGUCGAUAGUGUACUUCUGUAGGGAGGACAAAUCGUCCAAAAACAACUAUUUAACCAUACACUAUGGUAAUAAAAUAACUCUGAAUUGUAUCUAACACAACUCUAUAAAAAUUAAAACUUUCUCAAUUAUUUGUAGCUUGUAUACCUUUUGGUAUGCUUCCUGAGAUUUAUGAAAUUGAUUUGCCCUUGAACAGUACUCAAUUUGUCUUAUGUUGAUUUACUAUCACGGAAGUAGGCAUUUGAUUGUUGAUUUAAAAGCAUAGUUAUUUAUAUUGAAUUUAAAAUGAUAGGUUAAUUGGUUAAAUAAUAUUAUUUGAAAUGGUUUUGUAAACAUUUAACUAGUUUCACAAACUAACCAACACACCUGUUGGUUGAAAAUGUUAGAAAUAAAGUUUAACUCAAAGUCUAACAGUGUGAAAGUUGUUUUAGUUCAUGGUUGUUAGUUAACUGAAAUACAAAAAAAAAUUGUCCAAGUUAUCAGUUAAGUGUUAUCAGGUAUAAUUUAACUCACAAAGUGUGCAUUUAAAUUUGACAGGUUUAAAUCGCUGUGAUUAAAUGUUGAUGUUAGUUAUUCAAAUUUUAUUCACUCAAUUGGGAGGUUAGAUCUAUAAUUUGUGUUAAGGAUAGUUAAUGUAUGUGUAGCAGUCGACCCACUAUGUGUUCAGUGUUAGUGUGAUACAUACUUCCAUACUGUACUACAAGUAGUCUGUAUCUUUCUGUGUGGAGCUACCUUAUAAAUCUUAUAUUUCUCGACUGGUUGUAUGUUGUGUAAAUAUAUAUGAGGAACAUUGGUUCAUUUGUUUGUACAAAAUAAAAGAAAUAUUGAACUUGUUAAA